UUUAGCACAAUUUGUUUUUCUUGUACCCGUACAUUUACUUUGUUAAACUUUGCAUUAGCCAUUCAAUGAGCAAGGCAUUUGCUGUUAUUUCGCUGCUUAUAUCCGCAUACGCCACCACAGGCGUCGACGGGAGCCUCGGCACGUGUUUGAGGGAGGUUUUCUUUGGCCAAGACACGAAUAGCGAGCCGUACACGCCCAAAGAAGCAUUUGGUAUGACAAGGGAAGCCCGCCUGAUGCUCGUAGUCGACAGGCUCCACGAACGAGACAUAGAGGACGACGGUCUGGACAUGAUAAUCCCCGCGGGCGGAGGAAUUAUCAACAUAGCUGACCUGGUCGGCAUUGGCAAUGGUAACACGGGAAGCAACCUGGAGACCCAAGCACCUGCGAUCACCACUACAGCAGCUGAAUCAACAUCUGCCUCGACAACUUCUAAGCCUGCCAGCUCAAGCACCAAGGCGCCGGAAUCUUCGACAACCACUACCACUACCGCUGCUGUGGUUGCUUCAGAAACCACAUCCGGCGACACUGAUUCACAGCCUGCUGUUUUAUCUAGCGGUACGUAUUCGCAGGAGCCCAGCGACACAGUAUACACAUGCAAGAGCGACUUUAUCGACUUUUCCCAGCGCGAUGCCAUGAGUAAGUUCAGUUUAGUAUGGUGUCCAGAAAACGCCUAUCAAACUGACAACUCUGUGGUCUGGAGACUGACCCAAGAGUGCGGCAUGACAAUGGUUUACCCUUGGGACUUCCAUUAUGGCAAAAUUGAGGGCCGUGUUCGCAUUGGCCCUGGAAGUGGUGUGGUGACGGCCAUGAUACUGAUGGGACCACCGCCUUCUGACGAGAUUGACUUUGAGUGGGUGGGCAAAGAUGUCACGCAUGUCCAGACUAUGUACUAUGUGCAGGCACAUCGCGUAGACGUUCUUCCAGAGGUUUUUGGCAUUGACCAGCAGGGUAACGGUGAUUUGAGCACGACAUUCCAAAACUAUGCCAUCGAGCUGAACAAAGACAGCGUCAAAUGGUAUCUCAACGGCCAGCUUUUGCGCACCUUGAAUAAAAAAACACAAGAGUUCCCGACGUAUGCCAAUCGUGCUCGGAUGGGGAUUUGGGACGGCACACAAACCAGCGGCUGGGCUGGCACUGUUGACUGGUCGCAGGGCCCAUUCACAGCCGAAAUGCAGUGGUUUAACUUUACGCCGUAUUGCUGAGCAUAUGGUGUUUGAUAUUUGAUUUCAGCUUAUAUUUCUAAUUUAAUUAUUUGGUAUAUAAGAGACUCGCAGAGUAGCAUGUACUUAUCUUUUUCAAAGGAGUUAAUUAAAGACCAAAUAUUUG